CAUAUCGAAAUAAUGACUAGCACUCUUUGACCGACCGCCUUGCACAGGCUUCCUAGAAUGCUGUGAUCCCUCAUACAUGUCGGUAAGAAAGCGGCUACUCUCCUUGGAGAGCCCUGGGCUUCAGCCGAGAUACAAGUCUUCAGUUUCUGCAGAUAUUGGGCGAGGACUGGUGGAGGAUCACAAAUCAUUUUAAUCGCUUCCGAGGCUGCCCACGGCUGACAUCUGCAUAUACCCAUGUCCACAGCGAUAUCGUUCGACUGAGGUAUUGACUCCAUCCAGGGACUUCAUAUAGUAUACAGAGCCACGAUAUAUAUACGUAGGAUAACUCUUUCUACACUCCAUUGCUUUUCGUUCCGACUCUCUCAAUAAUAGUCAACAUGCUCGCGGAUCCAGUCAAGGUCCAAAUCCCAAAAUCCUACGAAACUCUUCCGGUCAAGGACAUCAAAUUGUCCCACCAUCCUGAAAAUGCACCAGAAGCCACUGCCGUGAUAGUCUUGACCCUCAACCGACCAAAGCAGGGCAACGCCUUCACCAUCAACAUGAUGCAUGCCUUCGAAUUGGUUUACCCCAUGCUCGACCUGGAUGAAAGAGUCAAAUGCGUGGUUAUCACUGGGGCUGGUAGGAUGUUCUGUGCAGGAGCUGAUCUCGAGAUUGGCUUUCCCAGUGGUGGCGGAAGGGAAAGAUUGGUUGACCACCGUGAUCCCGGAGGACGUCUGAACCUAUGCAUCUACCGAUGCCGAAAGCCUACCAUCGUGGCACUGAACGGUCCAGCCGUCGGCCUAGGCAUGACAAUGGGCCUUUCAGCAGCCAUCAGGAUCGCCCACGCCUCUUCCAAGUACGGCUUCGUCUUCGCCAGACGCGGCAUCACAAUGGAGUCCAAUUCGAGCUACUUCUUGCCUCGACUUAUUGGUCACUCGAGCGCCUUGUAUCUCUUGACCACAGGUGAUGUGUACCGCGGCGACUCCAAGCAUUUCGGAAGCCUGUUUCAAGAGGUGAUCGAGGAGCAACCUGGUGUUUUGCAGAGAGCGCUGAAGCUGGCAACCAACAUCGCCGAAAAAACGAGCGUCCUGGCCAGCUUCUUGAAUCGAGAAUUGAUGUGGAGAGGCAAGCAGACAGCCGAAGAAACCCAUCUGCUCGAUAGUGCGGUGCUCUACCACAUGUUUGCUGCCAAGGACUGUGAGGAAGGUGUCCAAAGCUUCCUCAAAAAGCGUGAACCAAUGUUCUCAGCCACACUCGAGAAAGAUGGGCCACCAUUUUACCCGUGGUAUCAUGAAACUGACACCGGCUCCAGGCCAAGGGCACACAAAUUAGGCGAGCCCAAGCUAUAGACAUGGCUUGACA